AUGGAGUUGUCUGAAGCCGACAGAAAGCUCUGGGCUCUCGGCUCACAGCAAGACGUCGACCAAUUGCUUGCUCAGGACGUCCAGUUCCUCUGCUCCCAGAGCAGCAGAACGUGUCGUGAUAGGAGCGGAGAGUUCAACAAGUGCCUUGAUGCUGUGAAGGACCUGCAGCCACGGGGUUGCAACUCGAUCGAGUACAUUCAAUCAUCAGAGCAGACGACCGAGGCCUUCCAUCGCAACUACGCUGCUCAAGGUCGGCCAUGCAUGAUCUUGGGCUGCAGCCAUGGGUGGAGGGCGAAGGAGCGGUGGAGAGGAGCGGAAGAGCUCGUCCGAUGGUACGGGGACGUUGCUGUGAGGGUGACGGAGAUCGCUGAUGCCAAGACAAACGUUGCAAGACCGCUGAGAAUCUCACUACGUCAUUAUGUGUCGUACGCUAGUCAAGAUAGCGGAGGAGCGGAGUUCCCGUGUUGGAUCUUAUUCCCUCCGAUCUCUGACGACGAAGUUCUGAAGAGCCUUGGGAUCGAGAAGAAUUCCUACAAGAACAAGAUGGUUCCUCCAUGCAUUGGUGUUGCUGUUGUUGAUGGCGUUGCUGUUCAUUCUGUUGUUGUUGACGACGAUGACAAUGACAAUGACAAUGACGAUUAUUAUGCUCAGGUUCCCGAAGGCUGGUGGCAUGCUGUUCUCAACUUAGAUUUCACUGCAGCCAUCACAGCAAACCCUCUCCUCCCGGCAACCUUGCCUCGAGUGUUGGAAUCGAUGAAUUGGCCGAAAACUUUCUUGUGGAAGUUCGUCUUACAGGCAGCUGAGCGAUGGCCGGAGUUGAAGUCAGGAGGAUGGGGAGGGAAUGAGGAGGAGACUAGCAAGCUGCUGUCCUUCCUUGAAGAGGCCCAGCAGAAACAUGCCGACGGAUACGAUGAGUUCUCAGACUUGUCGUCGUGGUUGAGAAAGCUGGGGGACCUCCACCUGAAGCCUGUUCCUCCGCACGCUGUGGUUAUCAUCGACACUGACAGUGUGCUUGUCAAGAGGGGCAAAGGUGUCCUUCAUUCGGAUUCUUUGAUGAACUUACAGAGGAUCAUCAAGGCAGUGAAUGCAGAGAUUGUUCCCUCAGGGCCAUCGCGCACAUCUCAAGCUUUGAGAGAUGUAAAAACCCUGAGAUCGCUGUGCGUUGUGAUUCUUGUCAUUGCAGGAACUUGCGAGUGUUCUUGCAAGGUGGGGGAUAACGUUCAAAAGAUUCUUGACUUCGUAUCCCGCCAAUGUAACGACGACUGCCCGUGGGUGGUGAUAGACGAGGAGGUGAUAGUGCAUCGUCGUCCAGGUGUUGUUCUCACCAACGAGCUCAUGCAGGAGCUAGGAGAGGAGGGGCCAGAUGCGUUGAUGCUACACAUCUUGUUGCGACAGCAGUGCAUAUCUACCAAGGAUGGGAUCACAGACCAGGUGGCUGCAGCGGCCGUCGAAAAGCUCCUGUCGUACAUGGAGGACGAGUAA